GUGUCCCGGAUGGAGUUCCGACGCCAUCUUUACACCAGUGCUGCUUCUACCGGUAGCUAGAGAGUGGGGACGCUGCAGUUGCUCCACUAAGAACCGCCGACUGAGACAGACAUACAGAAGUUCGAUCCGCUCUCCAUCGACAGUCCGACCCUGAACACCAUGGCAGAUCGAGAGCAUUUAGUAUACCAGGCCAAACUCGCCGAACAAGCUGAGAGAUACGACGAAAUGGUGGAGUCCAUGAAGAACGUGGCGGGCAUGGACGUGGAGCUGACGGUGGAGGAGCGGAAUCUGCUGUCGGUGGCUUACAAGAACGUGAUCGGAGCCAGAAGAGCGUCCUGGAGGAUAAUCAGCAGCCUUGAACAGAAGGAGGAGAACAAAGGAGGCGAAGACAAACUGAAGAUGAUCCGGGAAUACAGGCAAACGGUGGAGACUGAGCUGAAAUCAAUCUGUAAUGACAUUCUGGAUGUACUGGACAAGCACCUCAUUCCAGCAGCAAACACUGGAGAAUCGAAGGUUUUCUACUACAAAAUGAAGGGAGACUACCACAGGUACCUGGCAGAGUUUGCCACGGGCAACGACCGAAAGGAGGCGGCAGAGAACAGCUUGGUUGCGUACAAAGCUGCAAGCGACAUCGCCAUGAUCGAACUCCCACCGACACACCCUAUCCGUCUGGGACUGGCGCUCAACUUCUCCGUAUUUUAUUAUGAAAUCCUCAAUUCCCCCGAUCGCGCAUGCAGGUUGGCGAAGGCGGCAUUUGACGAUGCCAUUGCAGAACUGGACACGUUGAGCGAGGAGAGCUACAAGGACUCCACACUCAUCAUGCAGUUGCUACGCGACAACCUGACACUAUGGACUUCAGAUAUGCAGGGAGACGAUUCUUAAGGACAACGCCCCUCCCCCACUCCAUUCCCUCGAUAGAACUGUAUUUUGUGAAGAACAGAAUAAAGAAGUGCUGCAAGAUGUGGAGGAUGAGACCCAGUGAGACUUCACGGCCAAUACGAGACACCCCUUCCCUCCGCCUGCUAGCCCCAGUUCCAACUAUGGUGUCAGUGAGAGCUCCCAAACUCGGCUUUUACGCCGAUGCCAACUCGCUCUUUUACCCCUUUUCUUGUUCACUAUCACUCUUUAUCUGUCUGUCAGUUCUUCUGGUUUACCUUUUAUAAAAAAAUAAAGAUAAAAAUCGCCCAUUUCAUUGGAAAUAAUAACUUCUGCAUUUAAACACAAGAGAAAAUAUAAAAGCUGAAGCUUCGAGCUGUUCCUGGGUGUUACUAUAUAUAUAAAUAUAUUAGUAAAACCCCUGUUGCAAGCCUGGCCAUGUAAGGGUCACGUCAUUUAUUGUCACUUUUUUUUUGUUUUCAUUUUUGCUGUGUCAUCAGUUGCCAAGUGUGCUUGCCUGCGGUCGUCAACGUUCACGCGCUCGCUGACUUUAUUUUUAAAACACAAAAGUUUGCUGUAACUUUUUCUAGAACUGAUUGAUGUCUUCGUGCUACUUUACUCUAGUCGUCUAAGCCUUUGGUCGCAAAUUAGGGAUGGUGGCGGCUUUUGACUGUUUUUAAAAGGGACAUGAACCUUUUUAGAAGGAACGAAGUGCCCUUUGUGUUUCUCCUCUCUCAUUGCCAGACUCUUAUCAAUGACGAUAGCAGAACUUCCCCCGAGCAUCUCUUUCUUUGCGAUCACCACUCGGGUCCGAGGCAGGGACCACGCAUUGUUGUGCAGUCUGUAGCGCUGCUUUUGUACUGGUUGCUGACAUAUAGAGACGAUGGCUUGUAGCAGUGUAAAAAAACAAAAACAAGGAGCGUGAAGUUUCUCCAUCUCUCUUAUGUGAGGUAAAGCAGGUUUGCAUUGGCACCGUAAAAAAACUUUGUUUAAAAAAAUAAACCUGCUUAUGUUAUCUUGUAUUGCCCCUCUGUUCCAGAAUGUUCUCUUUCUCCCUCUGUCCUGCCCCCUUAUUUUCUCUCUUCUGUUCAGUAUGUGUAGCUUGAAUCUGAUUUGUACUACUGGAUAUUCUGACUGGACCCACACUGUCUGUCUUCUUACUGAAACACAGCAUGGAAAUUAACAUUUAAACUUCAAAUUAAAAAAAAGAAACUUACAUUAAAA